UCGAUCUACAUCUACCAUACCCAUACACACAUUCCACACUCAAUUAUAUACAUACAUACACAAACUCUCUGAUCAUCUGAUUCUUGUUUUCCCUCUUUAUUGAAUCCCUGAUCUGUCUGUCUUUCUCAUACAAAACUAGAAUCAAUCUAUCAAAUAUUCAUUCACUCUUUUUCCAUUUUGACCCAAAUCCCAACUCCACCUUCUCUCUCUCUCUCUCUCUCUACCAGAGGUGUGACUCAGCUGGAAAGGAAAGGAAAGGAAAGGGAAAAAGAAGCUUUCUUGAAGCUUUGGGAUCCGGAAUGAGCAGUAGGGGAAGUGGGUUGACCCGGAUUUGAAUCGCUUUUACUAAAAGAUGGAUUGCUUUUGAGUUGCAAAAGUUUGAGGUAUUUGGUAGAGGUGAAGUUGACAGUUACAUUGGCUUGCUGCAAAUUUGUGGGCAUUGACAAUGGGCUGUGAGUGUUCCAAAUUUGCAUCUUGUUGUUGGACCGGACAGAAUGGACCGGUUCAUGAGGAUCACAAUCCUGAUGAUGAAGAGGCUAAUGAAGUUAGUGACUUGCCCACUUUCCGGGAGUACACUGUUGAACAACUGAGAGUAGCUACCUCUGACUUUGCAGUGGAGAAUAUAGUUUCAGAGCAUGGUGAGAAAGCCCCAAAUGUGGUUUAUAAAGGGAAAAUGGAGAACCAGAGGCGGGUAGCUGUUAAACGGUUUAAUAGAUCAGCAUGGCCUGAUGCUAGGCAGUUUUUGGAAGAAGCAAGGACAGUUGGCCAGCUCCGAAACAAUCGAUUGGCAAAUCUUCUUGGCUGUUGCUGCGAAGGUGAUGAGAGGUUGUUAGUUGCAGAGUUUAUGCCCAAUGAGACACUAGCAAAACAUCUCUUUCACUGGGAAACACAACCAAUGAAGUGGGCAAUGCGGUUAAGAGUCGCCUUAUACCUUGCACAAGCUCUAGAAUAUUGUACAAGCAAAGGGCGUGCUCUUUAUCAUGAUCUUAAUGCUUAUAGAAUAGUCUUUGAUGAUGAUGGUAAUCCCAGACUCUCUUGUUUUGGUUUGAUGAAAAACAGUAGAGAUGGAAAAAGUUACAGCACAAAUUUGGCAUUUACUCCACCUGAAUAUUUACGGACUGGAAGAAUAACUCCGGAGAGCGUCAUGUAUAGUUUUGGAACGCUUUUGCUUGACCUUCUCAGUGGCAAACACAUCCCUCCAAGCCAUGCCCUUGAUCUGAUUAGGGACCGGAAUCUUCAGAUGUUAACUGAUUCUUGCUUGGAAGGUCAAUUUUCUAAUGAUGAUGGAACUGAGUUGGUUAGAAUAGCUUCUAGAUGUUUGCAAUAUGAGCCUCGUGAGCGACCAAAUCCAAAGUCGUUAGUCACUGCAUUAAUUCCACUUCAGAAGGAGACUGAGGUUCCAUCUCAUGUAUUAAUGGGUAUACCAGUGAAUGGUGAAUCUAUGUCUUUAUCUCCUCUUGGUGAAGCUUGCUUGAGAUCGGACUUGACUGCCAUACAUGAAAUCUUAGAAAAACUUGGGUACAAAGAUGACGAAGGAGCAGCUACUGAGCUUUCGUUCCAGAUGUGGACCAAUCAGAUGCAAGACACGUUAAACUCCAAGAAAAAGGGGGAUGUUGCUUUCCGACACAAAGAUUUCAGGGCUGCAAUAGAAUGCUACUCACAGUUUAUCGAUGUUGGAACCAUGGUGUCCCCGACAGUCUAUGCUCGCCGAUGUCUAUCAUAUCUCAUGAGCGAUAUGCCACAGGAAGCCCUCAACGAUGCGGUGCAGGCACAAGUAAUAUCUCCUAUUUGGCAUAUCGCAUCGUAUUUACAGGCCGUUUCUCUAUUUGCCUUGGGGAGGGAAAACGAGGCACAAAUUGCACUCAAAGAAGGCGCUGUACUUGAGGAGAAGAAGAACGCAACGUCCUGAACUGGCCCAUUCUUUGCGUUUGACUUGCUUCGCAGGCUUUUUGGUUCGUUCUUCGACUUAAAAACAUAAAAGGCUAUAGGCACGGUUCCUUUAUUGAAGCGUUGUUUUUGGAUUUGUAGACAUUUAUCUGCUUAGUUCCCGCGCAUAUAUAUAUAUUUGCUUCGCUUGCUAUUCAGAGGUGUACGUUACGUUUCUUGGUUACCCAACCCGUCGAUUCGUAAAACAGAAUAGCUGAAAACAAUUGAAUGAGUAUGAGAGUGGUUACAUGUUCAUGAAAGAUUCAAAACGCCAUUGCAAAGGGAAGUAGGGGAAGCUAGAUUGCUUGCUGUAAUUUAUGUACAGUGCUAUACAUGUGCUUGCUCAAGAUGAUGAAAUUGGAUCUCUCAAUUUUUAUUUUUAUUUUUUAAAAAUAAUUUUCCUUUGCUCUUUUCA